AUGUCUGCCGGACUCGACCCUGCGAGUCCGCCUUCUCUUGGAAAAGGAGACAAUUUGCAUCAGCAGGUCCUGGCCUCCUUCCCACUUUGUGACGUCACAGAGGAUGACCUAACCCAGAACCCCCGGUUCUGCAAACUCCUGGCCACCCUGUCGCAACACGUGGACCACACCGGUCUCACCAUGGCACUUAAAACAGAGCAGGAGAAGGCUGAGCAGAAGCUGCAGAACCAGAGAUGUCGCUGGCUUCGCUCCGAGAGCCUCUACAGAGCGCUGCAGGAGAUGAUCCAGGAGCACUGUGUCAGGAAGCACCAAGCCACAGUACCCCCGGACCAGAACCUGGUACAGUAGCCAUGCACUGUCAAUAUCAAAACAGCUCCCCUUUUGUUUUUCUACGAGACGUUGGAGCGCUGUCUGAAGGUGGCUCAGUGUGUCAGACAGCUGGAUGCCAGUGCCACAACAAGCCAAGACCAGUGCUCUAUACUGGGGCUUAGUCCUCAACACGUGCUCGAGCUCAUGCCCGCAGAGAGGAAUGUGCAAAGAAUGAAACGGAGUCUACCCAGGGAGCUGGAGAAACAUCUCAGGAAAAAGUCCUUCAGCCUUCUCUCCUACUAUCAACCUGAAUGGGAGAGUGAAAGUGAGGGCCUGAAGAACAUAAAGUUGUCUCAUCUGUCAAGCCAGCUGCGCAACGAGAGAGAGAGAGCCAAGAGUCUGAAGGAGAUCUGCCACAAGAACACUUUUCUCCUGCAGCGACAGACUCCGCUUUACCUCUCUGAGCUGAUAAGGUGUAUCCAGCUGCUCCAGUCUGUCAUCUUGGACCACAGACUGAAGAUUCAGGCGGACCUGGAGGGCAAAAAGUUGGAGUACUUUGAGGGCAAAUGUGAGCUGGUCAUACAAAAGAUCAAGACGGAGAUGGCAGAGAUCAGUCUGGACACAUACACACCUGACACGAUAUCGGCCCAUAAAAAAAUAAGGGAAACGCUGGAGUCGAAGCUGAAGGUUUGCCGGGUGGAAAAGCAGUCUGCGGAAAACAAGCUGGCCUCGUUUGAGAUCCUGGGUAAGGAGUUCGAGGCCCUGGCUGAGGAAUACGCCAGAUUCCGGCGGGAGAUUGACAUGAAGAACUGGGCCCUGAAGGAACUCUCCCACGAUGCCAACUAG